ACAAGCUCGGAAAAAUCAUAUGAUCGAUCGAUUAGACGCGCACAGCAGCAGCAGUGACGAGACACACUACAGUAACAUUGUUGCUCUAGUCUUCUACGAGUUCGGUAGAGUUUUAACAUUGUGAAAAAAAAACAACAAUUAAAAUGGCCAGCCAGACGCAAGGUAUCCAGCAACUGUUGGCGGCCGAGAAGAGGGCCGCGGAGAAGGUCUCCGACGCGAGGAAGCGCAAAGCGCGCAGGCUGAAGCAGGCCAAGGAGGAGGCCCAAGACGAGAUCGAGAAGUACAGGCAGGAGCGCGACAAGCAGUUCCGCGACUUCGAGAACAAGCACAUGGGAUCGAAGGAGGAUGUGGCCGCAAAGAUCGACGCCGACACCAAGUCCAAAAUCGAGGACAUGAACAAACAAGUGGCCAACAACAAGGAGAAGGUGAUGCUCCAGCUACUCGACCUUAUUUACAACAUUCAGCCAGCUCUUCACAAAAACUACGUUAUCGAGGCUUAAAAAGAAUUGCGUGCGUGGUGGAGUCCAUUGAUAAUUGUACGUUGAGAAUAAUCAAUAUUCAAAGAAUCUUUAUAUUAUUUAUCAUAUGUUAUAGCAAUUGUAUGUGUAUAAAUUUGAUCAGCUGAUCGACACUUGCACGGUCAUAAAAAUGAUUGUAUUUUAAGGCGUAUUAUGAAAUAGCACACACGAAUGAUAAAUCACAUGUCCAGAAGCAUGACUAAAAUUAAUUGCUAUGAAAUUUGUUUGAUCCGAUUGCUACUAUUGUCAUGAAACUAAAAUAUCUGAGUGUGCACAAUGUUAUUAACAAUAAAUACUACUAUUUUAAGUUAAAAUUACGACUUGAACUAUUUCUUUUCCAUAGCAUUCCAAAUUAAAUAAAUGUCAACUGAA